AUGGAGCAGGACUACUGGGACGUUGACGAUAUCCUGGCCGAGAAUCAGAUCCAGCAGCAUGCGCGCCUGGAGCUCCCAUUCUGGCUGGCACGGCUUCUCGCAGUGUAUGAUAUUAUUGCGAUACAGCAACCGCGCGCCUACGGUCCGCGCGUGCGCGCUGCGCUGGACGCAAGUGCGCCGGCUGUGCGUCUUCGGGACCUGGUGCCGUACUGGUAUGCGAUGGCACUGCGGCUCGCGAAUCUACUUGAGUCAAACGACAUGCAUGAGUGGCUGGAGCGUACGUACCUGGCGCGCGUGCCGCGCAUCUUUGAGCUGAGUGUGCUGCUUGGGCGGUCCUGCACGCACUGA